CAGCUCGGAGUCAUGAGGUAAGAACGGAGCUCUCCUUCUAUGUAUUUAAAUCACAUUAUUAUCGUAUUGUAUGUAUAUGCUACCCGGGUAAAGCGUGCAUCCCGAGCCUCCUGCCCUCUCUGACUCAGCUCGGCUCGGUUCGGUUCGGCUCAGAGCUGUGAGUCACAGACAAUGCGAGGAUGUCAAAUCAGACGCUAGAAGGCUAUUUCUAAAACCUGCAGCAUCAAAUCCAAAUAUGAGGCACUGCCCAGUGUGAAGAUGGCUUCCUACGAUCAGCUGGCCCACCAGGUGGAGGCGCUCCGUAAGGAGAACUCCCACCUGAGAAGGGAGCUGGAGGAUAACUCCAACCACCUGUCCAAACUGGAGACCGAGACCACCGGCAUGAAGGAGGUGUUGAAGCAGCUGCAGAGUAAACUGGAGCAGGAGGCAGGAACACUGGCCUCGUCCGGCAGGAGCGAUGUGCUGGACCAACUCAAAGAGCUCCACAUGGAUCUCACUAACUACUACGAACUGAAGCAUCAACCCCACAACCUGAGGCUUCUGAUGGGCGGCGUGGGGGGGGCAGGUGGGGGAGCGGAGGUGGAGGACCGCCUGGCUCUGCCUCCUUCCUCCUGCUCCUCUUCCUCAGCGGUAAGCAGAGCCAGGAGUCCGCUCAGGGUGCUGUCCCGUCUGAGCUCAGGGUCCGGGGGGGAGGCCGCUAUGCUGCCACAUCACUUCCUGGAGGGAGCGCCACCCAAAACAGCUGUGAUCAGUGGAGCUGACGGGCGGAUGAGCGACCACCACCAGGAGGAGCUGUACAAGGAGAGGAACCUCCUGCUGGGGGAGAUCGACCGCGAGGAGAGGGAGCGCUGCUGGUACUUCAGCCAGCUGGAGGCGCUGUCUCAGAGACUGGCUCAACUGCCCCGCAUCGACACAUUUUCUCUGCAGAUGGAUCUGAUCCGGCAGCAGCUGGAGUUUGAAGCUCAGCAGGUUCAGUCUGUGAUGGAGGAGCAUUUCGGCACCAGUGAUGAAGUGGUCCAGAGGACGCAGAUUCGUGUUGCUCGUCUGGAGCAGCUGGAGGAAGAGCUGCAGGAGGCCCGAGGCAGUCAGGAGACCCAGCUACAGCUUUCUGGAGCUGAGAAGCCCCCUGCUGGAGAGCCAGAGAAUGGAGGCGCAGGAACAGAAGCUCCUGCAGAUGGAGGCAGCAAGGUGGAGAUGGUGUUCUGGCUGCUCUCCAUGCUCGCCAACAGAGAUAAGGAGGAGAUGUCUCGCACUCUGCUGGCGCUGUCCAGCUCUCAGGACAGCUGCAUUGCUAUGAGAAGGUCCGGCUGCGUCCCGCUGCUGGUCCAGAUCCUACACGAAGCCCCCAGCGGGGGGGAGGUAGUGACGGAAGGGACUGUGACGGGUUGCAGCAGGGAGGCCAGAUCUAGAGCCAGCGCCGCCCUCCACAACAUCAUCUACUCCCAGCAGGACGAGGGCCAGGCCCGCCGCGAGAUGCGGGUGCUGCACCUGCUGGAGCAGGUCCGGACCUACUGUGACAGCGGCUGGGACUGGAUCGAGAGCCACGCAGGGACACCGUCACCUGGAGGAACCAAAACCACCGACAUCCCUGAGCCUGUAGACCCUCAGAUCUGUCAGACCAUGUGCGCCAUCAUGAAGCUUUCCUUUGAAGAGGAGUACCGGCGUGCCAUGAACGAAUUAGGCGGUCUGCAGGUCGUGGCUGAUUUGAUCCACCUGGAGCAGGACAUGUACGGCAUGCAGAACGACCCCAUCAACAUGGCUCUGCGCCGCUACGCAGGGAUGGCUGUGACUAACCUUACCUUCGGAGACGUCGUCAACAAGGCCACUCUGUGCUCCAAGAAGAGCUGUCUGCUGGCUCUUGUGGCCCAGUUGGCGUCAGACAGUGAGGAGCUACAUCAAGUGGUCUCCAGCAUCCUGAGGAACCUAUCCUGGAGGGCCGACAUCAGCAGUAAGAAGGUCCUCAGAGACAUCGGCUCUGUGUCUGCCCUGAUGACCUGUGCCCUGCAGGCUACCAAGGAGUCGACCUUGAAGAGCCUCCUCAGUGCUCUGUGGAAUCUUUCUGCUCACAGCACUGACAACAAGGUGGCAAUAUGCUCAGUGGACGGCGCUCUGGGCUUUCUGGUCAGCACACUGACAUACCGAUGUCAAACCAAUUCGCUUGCCAUCAUCGAGAGCGGAGGAGGAAUUCUUCGAAACGUGUCAAGUCUGGUCGCUACAAGGGAAGACUACAGGCAAAUCCUCAGGGACCACAACUGCCUCCAGACUCUGCUGCAGCACCUGCGCUCCCACAGUCUGACAAUAGUGAGCAACGCCUGCGGAACUCUCUGGAACCUCUCUGCCCGUAGUCCAAAAGACCAGGAGCUGCUCUGGGAUCUUGGUGCAGUUAGCAUGCUGCGCAACCUUAUCCACUCCAAGCACAAGAUGAUAGCCAUGGGCAGCGCUGCAGCUUUAAGGAAUCUCCUCACAAAUCGACCCCUAAAAUAUAAGGAUGCUGCCGUAGUAUCCCCUGGGUCCUGCAUGCCGUCACUUUACAUGAGGAAACAGAAGGCUCUGGAGGCAGAGCUGGAUGCCAAACACCUUGCAGAGACUUUUGACACCCUGGAGAAACAAAGCCCCAAGAAUCUGACACUUAACAAGCCACUACGCCACAUUGAGAGUCUGGCAAAGGAUUAUGCAUCUGAUUCUGGUUGUUUUGAUGAUGAUGAGGCACCCAACGUCUCCAGUAGCCUGGACACUGGGAGUUUCUCGAUGCUCUCUAUGUUCCUUACAAACUCUAACUUCCUGCAAAACCAACCACGCAAGAGGGACAGUGAACCUGAGAGAGAUGUAGACAUCCCUCAGAUGGUCGAGAAGAGACAAGCUCCUCCUGAAGAUUUGGUAUCUGCUGCUGCAGAGAAGCUGGCCAAAAAGAUCACCAACACGGUUGCCAAGAUAGACAGGUUAGUGGAGGACAUCACCAUGCAAACAUCAUCAGAGGACAGUUUUAGCCUCAGCUCUGAAGACCACUUGGCGGACUGGCCUUAUGGGCUGGAUGAACUAAAUGAAGCCCGUGCAAAAUCACGCUCCCCUUGCCGUCUCUCCGAAACAAGCAGCUUGGCCCACAGGGAACGGCUCAGUAGAGCCCAUGCCCUCUUGCGCCUCAAAACGGCCAAUACAAAUGUAUCAACAGACAGCCUAAACAGUGGAAGCACCAGUGAUGGCUACUGUGGAAGCAAAGACCAUAUGCGACCUGCUCCAAAGCCUCUAACAAUGCAACAGCGUCCCAACCAGCUUGAUCUCAAGGUGGACCAUCAAGAUUACUUCAAUGUUGGAGCGUCUGCACUGAAUGAGACUAACCAUCAAUACAUUCCGGAGAGAGAUUCUGUGGACAACAAAGAUGCAAGAGGUGAAGAGCUCAGCAGCACAGAAGCAGAAAAGUAUCAGGAUCAACCUGUACAAACGCCUGUCAGUGCUUGUACUAAACUCUCCUCUGAUGUCAGCAUGACUUCAAUUAAACUGUCUCCUUCUUAUCAACAGGUUCCACUUAUUCAGAGUGUGGCUAAAUGUGGUGUAGCAAAGACAGCAAUCAAUGUACAGGCUGCCCAAGCAAUGAGGAGGCAAGCAUGGGUACCUACUGUGAUGACUGGGGCUAGUAUUACUAAAUGUUCUCCAAUGUCAUCCACCAGAAGCCCAACUAUUGGGGCGAUGGAGACGAUCCAGAAAUACUCGGUGGAGAACACCCCAAUUUGCUUCUCCCGCUGCAGUUCACUCUCCUCCCUCUCUUCUGGCGACGGAGCAUUGGAUGGACAAAGUGAAAAUGAGCUAGAGAGUGACUCAUCAUUAGAAAUAAUUGAAGUAGAAGAUGGGGAAGAGGUGAAAAGAGCUGAAGAGGAUGAAACCUUGGAGGAUCUGAGUGACAGUCAGCUGCUAAUGACUGACUCAAAAACAUUCCCCAGCAAAGAGACAGAUCCCAUUGAGAUUCCCUGUCAUGCCAAACGGGAAAAGGUGUUCCUUAGAGGAGCUUCACCAGCCAUACUUGAAGACAGAUCUCCAUCAAGUUCAUCUGAAAACUACAUCCACGAGACGCCCCUGAUAAUGAGUCGCUGUAGCUCAGUCAGUUCCCUGGGUAGUUUUGAGUCUCCUUCUAUUGCCAGCUCAAUUCAAAGUGACCCAUGCAGUGAGAUGAUUGAUGGAACAAUAAGCCCUAGUGAUCUACCUGACAGCCCGGGUCAAACCAUGCCUCCUAGUCGAAGUAAAACUCCAUGUUGCAUUGAGUCAAAUGAACAAGAAACACAGGCCACAGGAAUUGCAGGUCAAUGGGAAAACAGCCUGCGAAAGUUCAUGGAGAUUGCAGACUCCAAGGAGAGGUUUAACCUUCCUCCUGACUUGGACACUAUGAUCUACUUUACAGUGGAAAAGCCAACUGAAAACUUCUCUUGUGCUUCGAGUUUGAGUGCACUGCCUCUUCACGAACACUACAUACAAAAAGAUGUUGAGCUGAAAUUGACUCCCCUACUCCAGCAAAAUGACAAAGAUCUUCCUUUCCCUGAUGAGCAUGAGCAAGGAUUUGACCAUGGUGAGAGAUAUAGUGAGGGCAACUCAGAUGAUGACAUAGAAAUCUUAAAGGAAUGCAUCAACUCAGCAAUGCCCUCCAAGUUCAGACAAGUAAGACCUUCCCUGAUGACCACCAUCCCUCCUCAUAUUCUCAAUUAUCAGAUCCGAAAACAAAUUCCAGUAUACAUGAUGCUUCCAAAUGGCAAAACCCAAAUGUGUCCUGGAAGGAGAUUCGUCAUCCCCCAAAAGGACUUCAUAUUUGACGAUUCGUCCUUCACUGAUUCUGCAGAAGGUACACCAGUCAACUUCUCCAGCACAACAUCCCUUAGUGAUGAAACACUUCAGUAUUCAGUAAAGGAGAGGGGAGCUAACGACUGCACAGCUAAAGGUAUAAACAAACAGGAAUUGCUUGACGAUGAGGCAAAGAGGAUAGAAGACUUGAAGAUAUUCUCACACUUCCAUAAACCCAACAAGAUGAACUACCCACCAGAGAUACAAAUGAAUCGAACAACCAAACAUAUCAUUCCGACGCAGAGGGUGCUGUUGCAGAGCAAAGAGGUAGCAGAUAGGGUGGCAAACCAAAGAAAGCGUGAUAAGUCACCAAACCAGCAAAAUAAUAGGCAAGGUCAAGGUACGGCCAGGAAACUGGAAUUGCCCGUCAUUAAGCAAAACAAAGAAGGUAACCUAAAUGUUCGAUCACAAAAAGGGAAAACAGUCUUUCGGCAAAUGACACAAUCUUCCGAGGACAGUAACAGCUUCUAUGAUGAUAAAAAGGAAGCAAUCAAACGAACAAGCAGAAAACAAAUCAGGGAAGAAAGUAGAAACACUCUCUCCCGGAGCAUGACAAAUAUUGGCAGUGUUGAUAAUUCCCAAGCAAUUUCAAGAGGAUUUCAAAGGAUAAAACAACAUCUGAUUAAGGAUGAAUCACUGGCAUGUUACUCACUCAGCUCUUCACUUAGUUCACUGAGUGAUGCUGAGUUUGAGCCUCAUAAAUCAAAAGCCCAUAAAAUAUGGUACAAAAACAGACACAACAAAACACUGAAUACGAUGAAACAAACAAAGACUAUAAACAUUCACAGCCAAUACGAAGAUCCAAGCUCGCCAAGCUCUGUCAGCAUGGAUUCAGAGGAUGACCUUCUUCAGAAAUGCAUAACAUCUGCCAUGCCUAGGCAGAGAAGAAGGCUUGCUGCCAGAAAGAAAAAAGCAGAAAAUACUAAAAAACAAAAGACCUCUGAUGGGUGGAACAUGAAUGAGGAAAUGGAUAUGGAUGAGGACAUGGAUAGUGAUGAUACAGCAUGGGAUAAAGAUUCAGACCUCAAUAGUGUUGAAUGGAGAGCCAUACAAGAAGGUGCUAAUUGUGUUGUCACUGGGUUGCAGGCAUCAAGGUCUCAGGACCCAUCUUCUGAAGAGACUGAAUCAGUCCUGUCAUUUAUGUCAACAUCCAGCUUUACACCCAAAGAAAGGAAGUUUGCUAAAGAUAAAAAGGCAAAUAAACCUCUUGACUUUGCGCAGCGCAAGCCAGUUCCAAACCUACCAAUGGUUUUCAGAGGCAGGACAGUGAUCUACACACCGAAAAAGGAGACGGCUCCAUCACAAAUACCUCCUCCUAGAAAAAUAACAACCAAGACAGAUGCUCCAAAGAACCCAAACCUUGCUCAGUACAGAUCAAAGAGCCUUCACAGAUUAGGUCGGCCCCAGGAUAUUGAACUAUCUUUGCCAAAGAGAAGCUCUACUCCACCUCCAAGGAUACCAAAAAGUUCAUCCUCUGGAUCAUCACAAAGCUCUACACUAUCUAAACAGUCACAGAAGAAGAUAACAUCCCCGACUCAGACAAAUAAAGCCAACCAGAAAAAGAAUGCCUCAUUACCUAGUAGCCCGCCAGCUACAAGCCCCCCUGAAAGAAAGGGACGCUCUCCUGUUAUGAAACAAAAUGAAAAGUCUGCACCACCUAAAACUCAAAAGUCUCCUGUCCGAAUUCCUUUUAUGCAAAAUUCAGUCAGGCCAAGACCUCUGUCACCUCUAGUAACUAACAAAACAACCACCACACAAAUCAAUCAGGUCAAUGGCAAACGUUUAGCACCAACCAAUCGUUUUGGACUGGUCAGGAUGACUUCUGUCCAUUCAAGUGGUGGUGAGUCUGAGCGCAAUGGAUUUUUGAGACAGCUGACUUUCAUUAAGGAAUCACAGAACGCGCUUAGACGUGAUAACUCAGCACGCAACAUGUCAGGAUCUCAAAAUGGAUCCCCGCGCAGAACAAAUCCUGGAGCUACAGCUGUCUUCCUUUGCUCAUCACGCUGUCAGGAACUAAAGGUAUCUGUGCAAACUCCCAGACGGGUGCAAGUAAAAGAUCCAAGACAAACAGAGCAGAGGUCAGACCGCCUUCAGAAGCAGAGUGCAGCCCUCUCCAGAGCAACCUCCAGUGAAAGAGACCUAUCUGCAAGACGCCCAUCCAGAAGAACCAGUUCUGAAAGCCCUUGCAGGUUGGCUCAGCGAAACGGGCCUGGCAGAGUGUCUGGACCCAAGCAGCAACAAGACAAGGAUAACUUUAAACAUCAUGCUUCAUCGCCAAGCCUAAACAUACUGAGCCGGGUGACAAGCCGUUCCUCCCUCCGUUCGUCCUCAUCUGAUUCAAGCGGAAGAGCAAAGAGCGAGGAUGAUACAAAGAAGAAAGUGCAGAGAUCUGCAUCACGGCUUAAUGAAAGAGUCACCUGGAGGAGGAUCAGGGAUGAAGAUGUAUCUCAGAUCUUGAAAAGCACUCUGCCAGAAAAUGCGUUACCUCUGGUGACUUCUCCUGACGGGGAACAGCCAAAGCCACUGGCUCUACCAGGAAAAUUGCCAACAAUUCUACUUGCAUCUCGCAAGACAAGCGAUGCGACAGUCCAGACAGAGGAUUUUACAAACAACAAGACCAACUCAAGCACCUCUCCAACGGUUGAAACAGCUCAGGUGAUUUCAGAAGAAGUGUCACGCUUUGCUCUACUUAAGAAGAUUAGUUCAACCUCUGGGAGUAACCUGCAGGAUGGAGAUUCUGACGUGUCCCCAAGGAGCCACAGUACUGUCUCCACAGGAACGUCUGAUUCCCACGUCAGUGGAGUUGUCCAUUUCCGCCAAGGAUCCCCCAGCAAGGCCGCCCGUAUCACUCCAUUUAAUUAUACUCCAAGCCCCAUUUCCUGCAACCUACAAGACAAGCAGAGCCAGAGAGCCUCGAUCAAUGAAAAGUCUGGGGGCAAAAGUGAGUCGUAAGACAUUUAGUGGAUUACUGGACGACAUGGAUUACUCUACUGUGAUCCUGGAUGAAACUCAGGUGGACAGUCUAGGAGUGUGGUGGCCCAUAUACCUCGGGUAUUUACCCUUUACUUUCCCCAUUCACUGCAUUCAAGUCUUUCUCUCUGAACAAUUGAUCAAAGCUUCCAUCUACCAUUCAUACAAGGUUGGAUGUAUGCUUUAAGAGAGGUCGGACAAGAACAGACCAGAAAUAACAAUGCACUUCAGAGACAAAUCUCACAUGAAAAGGAAGUGCAUCUUUUUGUACUUUUUUUGUAUUUGUAGAAUAAUCAUUGCCUGUUAGAAACGUAGUGAAAACAUGAAGAAAAAGACAAUUAACUUGAUUUCAGCACAUCGGUUUUCUGGACGGAAUCGAUAAAAGAACAAUAUUAUGCAAAUUGUUGAAGGAUUACUCAGCUGGACUUUUACCUGAAAAUAUACAAACUGUGGAUGACUGUUGACAGACUCUCACAAAUGACGCCAAUACACUGAAAUGUUAAGCAUUUUUUACAUACAGUUAAUCAAUGCUUUGGGCCUCUUAAUCCCUAAUCAACUGAAUUAUAAUACACUGCUUGUCUUUUUUUUCUCCAUAUUUCUCCAGUAGGUCUGGGGCUACAUUUAAGAAAAAACUUCGGAUUAACAGUGCAAUUACCUUAUUUAGAUGAUAUAGUGAUUUCGGAAUGAUAUCGAUGUGUAUUACAGGUUAACGAUAUGAACAAUUCUAAAUUCAAAAGCUAAACAUUUUGCAAUAUGUAUUUAAAUAUUUUUAAUGAGAGCUGUUUGACUUUAGUUGUAUUAGUGUACAUCUAUCUAUAUAUAUAUAUAUAUAUAUAUAUAUAUAUAUAGAUAUAUAUAUAUAUAUAUAUAUAUAUAUAUAUAUAUAUAUAUAUAUAGAUAUAUAUAUAUAUAUAUAUAUAUAUAUAUAUAUAUAUAUAUAUGUAGAUAUUAUCAUAUCUCCCCAGCUCAACUUUGGUAAAAAAAGUAUUAAUAAUAAAGUAUACUGAGCGGCAAUUUUAGGAGGAAUAUGAUUAUUCGCAACACCUACUCAAGUUAAAUCCCUGCUGCAGAACAAAUGAUAGCAUCCUGUGGUUUUCCAAACUAUAAGCAGAUUCUGGUAUUUACUCUCUCCUGUACUCUUUGUCUUAAUCAGUUUUGUAAAUAACACACAGAUAUACAAAAUCUCCAAAGCUUCCUUGUGGGCAAAAUAAUCUGUUGCUCGAUGACAGCAUGCAUAUAUACUGUAUAUGACUGUGUACACGCACCUGUUAACAUUGUGGAGGGACAAUUAAGUUGUUAUUCAGAGGUAAAAUUAUUUCUAGACAAGAGCAUUACUAGCCAUCUGCUGAAAAGACAUAUAAUGGUAUAAACUGUCAGCAUAGCUGAACAAAGCGACUACAUGCUUCAUCUAAUAACAUGACAUAAUUGUUAUGUUUGAUUCUAUAUUCAGGCAUUAUUGCUGUUGAGUAUUCCUUGUCCAGAAACACAAUGAUUUCAUCCAGUGAUGGGGCGGCUUUGGACAUGUGUCCAUGUGACAUGUGACAUGUGUCCUUACAAAAAUCUGUAUAACUUGUUAAUAUCCGCUUAACUGUGUUGCUGUAAAGUAGUGAUAGGUUGAGAAGAAGUUGAAUAUUAAGACAAUGAAUAUUCUCUGUUGUUGUAACAUCGCUCCUCCAUGUGUGCUGCUGGAAGACAAAAGACAGAAAUAACAUUCAUCAUUCAUCUACCUAAAGGGGCUCAUUAUUCAUAAAACAAGGUUUAUUAUUUACCACACUGAACCUACUGUAUUUCCAAAGCAUAUACAGUUAAGCAAAAUAUAAUUUUAAUGCAAAACUUCAGGUCCCCCUGGCCAUUUAAAUAAUAUAUGGUCUACUCUAGUGGGUAUCAUGCACCCCCCUGAAAUAUACUUCUAAUCAGCUUUUCUAGAUUGGAAGAAUUGUGUAGAAAACGAUUAGCUAUGUUAAAAAGUUCCAAAUUAGUGUGCCUAUUACCCUGACAUUUGAGUUUCACUCUUUUUACUCCUUUGACUCUCUCAGCCAUUAUUGCAGAUAAAUUAACAAAUAAUGUGUCUAGACCCAUGUUUUGAGGGUCAAGGAACACAAUGAAACUAUUCUUAAAGUGAUCACAUGUGUCUGUGGCUGCUAAUUAGUGCCGCCAUUACAAGAAAAUGGCAUUUUAGUCUUGUACCAAGAAGGGUGUAUUUUGCACCGACACAGAAAUAUACUUAUAAUCAGUGUUUCCAAAAUGGAAAAAGUAUGUAGAAAAUGAUGAGCCAACGGUGAACAGCCCUGAAAUCUGUUAUCGUAUGAGUAUCAAUCACCUGGUUGGUUUGAUUAAGUUAAUUUAGAAAUGAUCUCAUUGUGCAUUACCUUUUGUAAAAACUAUGCCUGAGUAGUCAGAGUUUUUAAAAGUGCAGUUGUAGAAAAUGGGUAGACAAAUGAUAUAAACAGAAAAAAGGGGCUUGAUCUGAGUACAGAUUUAAAGCUGACACUGACUUUAAACAUGCAAACACACAUUUACUGUAGGCAAGAGUAGAAUGAUUUGGCCGAAGUACCUUAGCCUUGGUGUGAUAUUUCUGUCAAAGCUACGGUACUUGGGUCAAGUUUGAGUGAUCAACUUUAGUUUCGUAAUCUAUCAAUUAUUUGAAAUGUUGAAAUCAAUGUGCAUGUAAACAUAGUGUUAUCACGCACACACUUAUUAAUUUCAGUCAAAAAGGUGAUAGCUACAACACUAGCUGUCCUGAGUCACCGCAGUUUGUGAGUAAGUGUGAAUAUUUGUCUAAAUGUGACAUUAUAUACACACCUGCAGGGGAUGACAGGACUGUUGUGACUCUAAAUCACUAUAUGUUUAGACUGUAAGAAAUGUACAUUUGUUUCAUCUGUAACCAGAUAAAAGUGAAGCCCCAGGAGUCAACAGAACAGUUUGGCAUUUUCCUAAACAUGUAUUUCACACAUUUAAAAUAUUUGUGUUCCUUAUUUGAACCCAUAAUUAAAGGCUUGAAAUGAGAAUUUGUAAACCGUUUGUUUGAUACGUAUCAAGACAGAUUUUGGGUUUGAGAAUCACUUUAACAGCAACUAAAAAUAAAGAUUAGGACGAAGAGUGAAAACUGUGUGAAUGAGACGGACAGGGGGUUCGUUUUCGUGUUAAAAAGCCAUCAGAAGGGUCCUGGGAGUUAGUCCACCAUCACUGUCAGCAACCUUGAACACGCCUGGCUGUAGACAAUUGUUCAUGUCCAAAUUCAUAGGUUUUAAAUAAAAUGCCUAGCACUCUGCAUUCAGCGUUUUCCAAUUCACUGUGAAAAUCUGUUAUGAAAUUAAAUAUUAUAUACAUUAUAAGGUCUCUUGAAACGUACCUUUUGUGGAAAGUUAUUGGGCUCAUGUCUAGUGUCACUCAUAAUGGCGGCCCCAGCCUGUCGUGCCUGAAACAAGGCCCCCGAGGAGUUAUGGUGCCAUGUGAAAUAGGCGAAGCAGCAGAACUGUGUCAUAAUAAAUGUUUUCAUCAAAUAAAAAAUGACAUGUUUCAUUAGAA